CUAGUCUCGUCAGUCCCUUCCCUUGGUGAUAACCAUCUCACUGUGCGUGAUUAAGUGAUGAUCUACUGUACGUGAUGAAGAGAUGGUUCAUGGCUCGCACAGUAACAGUGUAUGGUUCAGAGAAAUUGUUCAAGAGGAUGACAAUGCAGAAAUUUCGCUUCCAAUCCUCAUUCCGGUCAUUCAGCUGGUAUGAUGCUCAGCUGGAUAGGUCCGUCCAUAGGACCAGGGCCGGGUAAUGGCCGGGGAGGCAUGGGCCAGCUCAAACAUCACAGGUCUGAGGUCCCUAAGGCCCCAAGGGUACCACUUGAUACUGUGCUGUGGUUACAAAACCGUUGCCCGCCAAAUAAAUCUGCGAAUCGGAAUCGUGAUAUAUCAUUGAUUUACACCCUCGACACCCACUCAGCUUCGUGGCAGCCCUUUUUGAAUCCUUCUAACCAUAUGAUCAAUUUCGCUACAAUAUCUGCCUUACUCCGGCCCUUCAUCGCACCCCCAUCCUUGCCUUUUCUUCACCCCGCCGUGCUGUCUCGCUGCAUGGCCGUCGCCCACGUCCUGUCGAAGCGAAGUUAGAUAGUUUUGAUGCAUUGUUAGGCGAAUAUUAGGUUUGGUUACCCCCGGCGCCGGCCUAUUGACGGCAUUGAGAGAGAGCAUUGAGAGCACCUAGGUGUAGGUAGUAUUAGAUAAUCUACCUCGGUGGGUAGAGAAUGCCGGCACCACCGCCACCGGCCGGUGGCUCGCAGCCACCUUCACGGCCAAGACGAAGAACGACACAACCGCCGUCCUCGCCGUCCUCACCCUCGCUACCACACCACCACACUCCCUCGACCCCGAGCGGUCUGCGACAAAGCCGUACUGCCUCCUCUGACUCCGACCCUGAGACCAGCCCGACCGACCACGUCGAACAGGGUGGCGACGACUAUACCAACAACGAGAGCAAGCCUGCAUCUCCCUGUUUGCAACAAAUUCCCGAAUCUAGUAUACCUAGGUCCGACGACCAGCCAGGAGGCCUUUCGCUUCCCCAGACUCAAGACUCGACGGCGGCGACGACAACGACGACGACGACAACGGGUCUUGGGCUCAGUCACUCACCACCAAGUCUUCCUCAUCCAGACCCAAUUGCUCCCAACCCAGCACCCGAGAUCAAAACCUCCUCUGUGCUUUAUGACGAAUCAACAUCUCUCCUCCACAGCGAACGGGCUCACGAUGGUCCUUGCAACCAUGGUACAUUUUCUCCACGGGCAGUCAGUCCUCCCUUGCAACAUCUACAUGCCGAAUCAGAGAGAAAUUCAUUGCUGGGCUCGGAGGCGUCCGACGCCGUAAGCGAGAAUCAAUCAUCAACACCACGAAAACUCUGGAAGAGGGCUUUCUCCAGAGUGAUCAAGAAUAAAAAGAUGGCAACAUCGAGCGCCUUGGCCCAGCGGCACGGAAUAGAGUACUCUUGGUCCAUGUUCCUCUCGUACUACAUUCCGUGUCUAACGUGGAUGCGUCAAUAUCAGUGGUCGUGGCUGAUAGGCGACCUCACCGCUGCCAUCACCAUGGCCUCCAUGUAUCUACCCAUGGCCCUUUCUUACGCCGAGAACCUCGCCCACGUCGCCCCUAUCGGCGGCCUAUACGCUUUUGUCUUUCAACCCUUCCUCUAUGCGCUUCUAGGUAGCUGUCCCCAGAUGGUCGUUGGGCCAGAGGCCGCCGGCUCUCUGCUCAUCGGCUCGAUCGUCAAGGCCAACAUAGACGGUGGGAAAGGAGAAGAUGAUAAUGCCAUAUUGCACUCCAAGAUCGCCGGUGUCGCCGUGGGUCUAGCUGGUGCCUCCGUCUUCAUCAUGGGACUAGGUCGUUUUGGAUUCGUCGAUAACGUCCUCAGCCGUCCAUUCUUGCGUGGCUUCAUCUCGUCCAUUGGCGUUGUGAUAUUCAUAGACCAGCUGACGCCAGUUCUCGGUCUAAACAAACUGGCGGCUAGUUUACCCAACAUACCCCAUCACACUACUGUCGAUAAAUUUAUCUUCAUAGUCACACACCUUGGGCAAGGGCAUCGACUUUCAGGGAUCAUCGGCAUUGUGAGCUUCGUCAUCAUCAUGGUUCUUCGUGAAAUCAAGCGUAGGCUACAACCCCGGUAUCCCACCGUGGCGUACUUCCCGGACCGCCUCGUUGUUGUCGUUCUUUCUGCUUUCUUGGCUUACUUUCUUGACUGGGAAGGGAAGGGUGUUGAGAUUCUUGGCAAGGUUGAAGCCCCGUCUGGCCAUGUCUUCACUUUCCGUAAUCCCUUCCAGCUAUCUCACCUGCCUCACAUUCGGGAAGCCAUGGGCACUUCAUUUCUGAUCGGAAUGCUUGGCUUCUUCGAGUCCUCCGUUGCAGCCAAGAGUCUAGGCGAUACUGAUACCAUUGACGGCAUGCAGCUCAGUCCCAAUCGGGAGUUGAUUGCUUUGGGGACCGCAAACAUAGUUGGUGCGUGCUUCAUGGCUCUCCCUGCGUUUGGAGGCUACGGUAGGAGCAAGGUGAACAAAUCAACAGGGGGGAAAACUCCCAUGAGUUCGAUCUUUGUCAGUAUCAUCACUGUCGUCUGCAUUCUGUAUCUAUUGUCAUGGUUUUACUAUCUUCCGAAACCGGUUCUCUCUGCACUGAUCAUGGUUGUCGCCUAUUCUCUCAUUGAAGAGAUCCCCGAAGACUUGUUUUUCUUCGUGAAAAUCAGGGGCUGGAAGGAGCUGUCUCUUAUGUCUGUCAUAGUCCUCGUUACCGUGCUCUUCUCGCUUAAUCUUGGUAUUGCUAUUGGCAUAGGCCUGUCUCUACUAGAAGUCGUGCGCCAUGCCACUCGUCCUCGUAUUCAGAUCCUCGGCCGUGUGCCCAACAGCGACCGUUUCGCCAAUGCCGAGGAACACCCCGAACAAGUGGAGUUCAUCGAAGGCUGUUUGAUUGUGAAGAUUCCUGAGCCCCUGACAUUUGCCAACACAGGCGACUUGAAGAGCAGGCUACGACGCAUAGAACGCUAUGGCACGAACAUGGCACACCCAGCACUGCCGCGUUUGCGCCCCCAGCACAGCAACCGAAACAUCAUUUUCGACAUCCAUGGCGUCACAUCGAUGGAUGGCUCAGGUACACAGGUAUUGGAGGAGAUCGUGCGCAAGUACCGGCAGCAAGGCGUUAGGGUGUUCUUCAGCCGGGCGCCGAGUCGCAACCACAAGGUGUGGAAGCUUCUCGAGUGGAGCGGCAUUGUCGCGCUCGUUGGAGGCGAACACCUCUUCGUCGAUGAUAUUCAAGAUGCCUUGCGUAUGGCUGAGUCGGCGCACAUAGAUGCGCCUGGGCGCGAGGCUGACUGCGGUGCAACCUUGGUCGCAUAAACGCGGCUCUCCAAGGAAAAAAAAGUUAUAUUAUGUGAAUUAUACCCCCCAUAGCGCGCAUAGAAUCGGUCUUUGAGAUAUGGUACAACAAAAAUUAUAGCAGCGUUAAUAGAUAAAACAUGCCUUGCGAGGGUUAUCAGGUGUAUAAUAUGUGGAGUAUUUAAAUU